AUGUCUCGUGUUGGCAAAUUCACCUAUAUUCCAGUCAAAGAUUUUUACUUACUCGAACUUGCAUUCCUGACCAUUGCUUUGGAAAUUACCACUUCCCACGUUCUCUCGAUUAACCAAUUCUCUAUUAAUAAUGUUUCUGCUUCAUGGGCUGAAGUCCAACAACGUAGGGAGCUCAGUGACGUUGCCAUUGAUUACACUUUGCUAAUCGACGUGUCUGGAUCCAUGACUUUAACAUUGCGUGAUCCCUUACCACUAUGUUUUGCGGGACAUGAAUUGAAGGAAUCAAAUCGCGCAAGGCAGUGGUUUUGUGACGUGUGUGGAAAAGAGGGAACAACAUCGAGAUCCAAAUAUAAUUGUACCACUUGCAAUUUUGAUGCUUGCGCUAGUCACUGCAAGCCUAGCUAUCGAUGUGAGCCUAUCAAAAAAUGCCCAAGUAGUCAUCCUAUGCGAUAUACAGAUUCAUUAGGACCAUGGAAAUGUGACGAGUGUCCUAAAUUUUAUCAAGGGAAGCGUCUAAGAUGUCAACAAUGUGACUAUGAUAUAUGUCCGAGAUGUGUGGCAGUUGAGGAUGUGAUCCUUGAUCUAAUAAAACUGGGCAUGGAGAGUCAAUAUUGUGCACGUGAUCUAUCAAUGGACCUAUCAAAAAAUUUCUCUGGACUGCGUUUAGAAAUAUCAGGCAUCUAA